GCUCCGAUUCACAUAUCAGAUGGAGGGGGCCCUACAGACCAGGUUAAAGAAAAUUAUGUCCAAACUGUGUUGCAAAAACAAAGGGAGUCUCUCUUGCCCCGCCUUCAUUACCAUCCACUAUUGCUACCCAAACCUAGAGGCCUUAAUUUAGACCCUCAGACCAUGGAGAUCCUUACUGCCACCCAUGAUGUCCUAAACCGUUCCAACCCUUCCCUGGCAGAGGAUUGUUGGCUGUGUCUCGCAUUAGGAAUUUCAUGGCCUCUAGUUUUACCUUUAAGUAACGAGUCUAAUAUACUCCCCUCUCCGGAUAUUUGUAGCUAUACCACGCCUUUUAAGGUCCAGCCUCGCUACUUCAACACAUCUAUUUGCCUUUUUAGUCCCUUUCAAAAUAAUUCCUUUGAUGUAGACCUCGGAUUAGCUAUGUUUACUACCUGCUCUAGGUUUAUAAACACCUCUCAGACAGGCUGUUUAGGGGGGGGAAAAUUUAUGUAUGUGGAAAUAACAUGGCCUAUCCUUAUUUACCCACUAACUGGACUGGACAUAAUUCCAGGAGAUGAGCCUGUGCCUUUGCCUAGCUUUGACACAUUCGUUCCUAGGCACAAACGAGCGGUCCAGUUUAUUCCAUUGCUUAUUGGACUGGGUAUCUCAGGAGCCCUCGCUACGGGCUCAGCUGGUGUAGGAGUGGCAAUAGACACUUACAACAAAUUAUCUCAACAGUUAAUUAAUGAUGUAAAUAUGGUCUAUCGGUCUGUACAAGAUCUUCAGGACCAGGUAGACUCACUAGCCGAGGUUGUCUUACAGAAUAGACGGGGACUUGAUCUACUAACAGCAGACAAGGGAGGUAUCUGUUUAGCAUUACAGGAAAAAUGCUGUUUUUAUACCAACAAGUCCGGGAUCGUCAGAGAUCGGAUUAAAAAACACCAAGAGGAACUAGAAAAAAGGCGACAGGAGCUUUUUGCUAACCCCAUGUGGGGCAUGUGGAACGGAAUUCUGCCUUACCUUCUACCCCUUGUUGGGCCCCUGGUUUGUCUUUAUCUUUUUUAG